GUCGACAAGAUUUUUUAAAAAUAAGUUUUUUUUAAAAUUAUUAAAAAAAAGUUGUAUAAAUUUUAAAGUUAAAUAAAAACAUAAAAUAUGGAUUAUAUAAACUAAAAUGUGAACUUGAUCAAACAGAAAUAAUAAGUUAGAAUGGUUUAAGUUUUUGAAGAUUGGUGGGGAAUUAACACUCAAAAUUACUUUUUUCUUUGCAAUAUAACAACAACAGCUAACUGGAAAAGUGAAAAAUAUAUUUGUUUUUGGACUUUAAAAGAGACAUUUGAUACCAAAUAAUUAAAGCCUGAUCCAAAAAAAAUUGAAUAGUAGACACUAGUGAAAUCAAAUCAAUAGGAAUAUCAAUGAACAUGGCGGAAGGAAAUGGAGAAAUUAUUGAUGACACCACCAAAAAAGCUGAAGAUCGUGGAGAUGGCGAAAAAACUGAAGAUUACCCAAAAUUGAUACAAUAUGGACUGGAUAAAAAAGUUGCUGCCAAAUUAGAUGAUAUUUAUAAAACAGGAAAACUUGCUCACACAGAACUCGAUGAACGUGCUUUAGAUGCACUUAAAGAGUUUCCAGUAGAUGGUGCCUUGAACGUAUUAAGUCAGUUUUUGGAAUCAAAUCUAGAACAUGUGUCGAACAAGUCAGCUUAUUUAUGUGGAGUAAUGAAAACAUAUAGACAAAAAAGUCGAGCAAGUCAAGCUGGAAUUCCAACACCUCCUGUAACAGUUCAAGCAAAAGGCCCAGAUGAAGAUAAAAUUAAGUCAAUUUUAGAGCGAACUGGAUAUACGUUAGAUGUUACUACAGGACAACGAAAAUAUGGAGGCCCACCACCAAAUUGGAACCAUUCUCCACCAGGAAACGGGUGUGAAGUCUUUUGUGGUAAAAUACCAAAAGAUAUGUAUGAAGAUGAGUUGAUUCCACUGUUCGAGAAAUGCGGUUCAAUUUGGGAUCUUCGUCUAAUGAUGGAUCCUAUGACUGGCACCAAUCGUGGAUAUGCAUUUAUUACGUUCACAAGUCGAGAUGCUGCAUAUAAUGCUGUACGAGAGCUCGAUAACUACGAAAUAAAACCUGGCAAGUGCUUGAAAAUAAAUGUUAGCGUACCCAAUCUACGCCUCUUUGUAGGCAACAUACCGAAAUCAAAAGGCAAAGAGGAGAUUUUAGACGAAUUUGGCAAAUUGACAGCUGGACUGAUGGAAGUGAUAAUAUAUAGCUCACCAGAUGAUAAGAAAAAGAAUCGUGGCUUUUGCUUUCUCGAAUAUGAAUCACAUAAAGCUGCUUCAUUGGCAAAAAGACGUUUAGGAACAGGCAGAAUAAAAGUAUGGAGUUGUGAUAUAAUAGUUGAUUGGGCUGACCCUCAGGAAGAGCCAGAUGAGGGAACAAUGAGUAAAGUAAAAGUUCUAUACGUGCGCAAUUUGACCCAGGAUGUAUCUGAAGAGAAACUAAAAGAACAAUUUGAGCAAUAUGGCAAGGUUGAAAGAGUUAAGAAAAUUAAAGACUAUGCUUUCGUUCAUUUUGAGGAUCGCGAUAAUGCUGUGUUAGCGAUGAGAGAUUUAGAUGGGAAAGAUCUUUGUGGUUCACAAAUGGAGGUAUCUUUGGCAAAACCACCGUCCGAUAAGAAAAAGAAGGAAGAAAUUUUACGAGCUCGUGAGCGUCGAAUGAUGCAAAUGAUGCAAAGUCGAUCUGGAAUUUUGGGAUGUGAUGCAUUUAGUAUGUCUCCCACUGGAAUAAUACCACCUGCUAUACCACCAAUGGCAUCUGCAACGGCUGCUGGAAUGCGAGCUGGUGCAAGUAAUCAGCCAAGGCUUCCACUUCGUGGACCAAUGGCUUCUGCUCGUGAUUAUGGUGGGUGGCCAUGGGCAUGGAAUUCUGCAGCGUGGACGAGUCGGUGGGCUCCUUGGCAACAAACUGGAUCAACGUCCCGUGGCUCAAACAAUAAUAGGACAAGUGGAACCUCAUGGAACUCGUCUCAACAACGUUCAACGUGGCAUACGAAAACAAAAUACAACAGCAGUAAUCGGUAAACGUAAAUUUGAUGGGUUGGGACAAAAUCAGGGGGAUCCAAAGCGACGUUUUGGAAUAGGAAAUGGUGGAAAUUGGGGAAGUCAACCUUUGCCACAACAACCUCUUAAUGGUGCAGAACAAUGGUAUACCGACACAUAUGCUGGAUGGAGUUAAAUUUCUAUUUAAAAACUUAUUUAAAAUUUGCGGUCAACUUUUACAACAACAUCAAACAUCAAUAAAAUAAAAUACAUCAACCAAUCAAUAAUGAAGGAAAUAUAGAAAAGAUAAAAAAAUACAAGUAAAAUUUAAUUGAAAUGAAUAUUAAAAUUAAAAAAAAUUAUUACUUUUUAUUAUUUUAAAACCCCUAAUUUAAAAAUGAAAUGAUGGACUGUCUUGCAUGUCUGUGAAUAAAAUUUAACAAAUUAAUUUAAAAAAUAUGUUAAUAGGAUAACGUGAUUUUAAUAAUUGAGGAAAUAAAACUUUUUAAAACGUGUGUAUUUUUGAUGUACAGCAAACCCCUUACACGACAGAAUUCAAAAGAUGUAUCUAAUUUAUGUCAUAAUUAAAUCAAUUACAAAAUAAUUUUGUCACCUUCGGUGACAUUAUGAACCAACAUUCGUAAAUUUGGUUUUUUUUUUCAAAAUAUCUGCGAUACACACACUUACUUGAACCUUAUUAUUUCGCGAACCUUAAAACAAUAUUAGAAAUAUAUUAUGACUAAUAUUUU